UUGGAGAUGGCAAAAUUUAAAGUACGUCAUUAAUAUGGCGCCAAAAGAUUUUUUUUAAGUGUGAUUUUUUUGUAAGGUUGCAAGACCCAGUAUACGCCUGUGCAAUCAGACAGGAGGGAGAGAGAGGGAGCAACGAGCGACGAGCGACCACGAGAGGAGGGAAGAAAUGUUUUUAUGGAGAGCAUUGCGAAACUAACGUUAGCUAGCUAGCAAACCUUGCCUGACUUCUAUACUGCAAUUUCAACCUUUCCGGGGUUUUUUUUACGGGAAUUGAAGAGAAAAAGACAAUCUGGUUAUUAAUCAUAAACUGACGGAUGCCACCCCUGGACCUGGAUUCUUACCGAAAAUGCGACAUGGUUUUAGCAAAUUUAGCUAACUAGCUAGUUGGCUAGCUAGCCUGAUAUCGUAGUUAGCUUGCUGUGGAUGCAAGCUAACUGGUUAGAUAAUUUGGAUUUCGGAUGAUAUCAAAUUCAAAGUCUGAAAAAGAUUAAGUUGCUACAAUUAACAACUGCGUAGGCGGCCAUCGCAGUUUUGUUGCAUAAUAUGUUGCGCUCAUGGAUGGGAUUUAGCUAAUGUGGAAUAGCGUGAAAAUAGUUAGCUUCUUGCUACUUUUUAUUUCGACUUAGGGGAGCAUCUAACGUUAGCUAGCUCGCUCACACUAUCGCUUGCAAUCAACGUGGAAUGCUAAUUUAGCUGUAGCAGGCUACCUACCGAUACUAGAAUUAUCUCUAAAUGUCAGCGGUUACCAAUGAUCUCCUAAUAUCGCAGCAUCGACCAUCCUCCAGAAUCGAGGACACUUUGCCUCCCGAAGCAGUCUGCACGCAAGGUAAAAAGAUGGAGAGUGAGAACAAGAGGAGGAAGUACUCCACCAGCAGCAAUGACUCGGAUACCACCGACAGUCAUGUGACCACCUGGUCUCGGUGCUCGAAGAACGCGGGUACCUGCAGCACCUGGGUGCGUCAGGAGCACAAGAAGCCAUCGGAGGUGUUCCGGACGGACCUGAUCACGGCCAUGAAGCUGCCGGACUCGGCCCAGCUCGGGCCCGAGGAGUUCUACGUGCUGUCAGACCCCUGGAGGCAGGAGUGGGAGAAGGGUGUCCAAGUGCCCGCCAACGUGGAGGCCAUCCCAGAGCCCACCGUCAGGGUGCUUCCCGAAGUCGGCCGGAUCUCCUUCUACGCCUCGUCCCAGACCCGGGCGUUCGCCGACCUGGGACAGGGGGAGACGCGCCCCCCCGCCGAACCCCUCUGCCAGUACGACCUGGACGACCUGGACGUGUCCUGGCUGGAGCUGGUCAACGCCGAGUUCAGAGAACUGGCGCUUCCGGAGCUGGACGAGCUCACCAUGGAGCGCGUCCUGAUGGAGCUGGAGAAGCGUUGCCACGACAACAUGCAGCUGGCCAUCGAGACGGAGGAGGGGCUGGGCAUCGAGUACGACGAAGACGUGGUGUGUGACGUGUGCCGCUCGCCGGAGGGCGAGGACGGCAACGAGAUGGUCUUCUGCGACAAGUGCAACGUCUGCGUCCACCAGGCGUGUUAUGGCAUCCUGAAGGUGCCGUUGGGGAACUGGCUGUGUCGGACCUGUGCCCUGGGGGUUCAGCCCAAAUGCCUGCUCUGCCCCAAGAGAGGGGGGGCACUGAAGCCCACUCGCAGCGGGACCAAGUGGGUCCACGUCAGCUGUGCCUUAUGGAUCCCUGAGGUGAGCAUAGGCUGUCCAGAGAAGAUGGAGCCCAUCACCAAGGUGUCCCACAUCCCUGCCAGCCGAUGGGCCCUCUCCUGCAGCCUCUGCAGAGAACACACCGGCACCUGCAUACAGUGCUCGAUGGCUUCCUGCAUCGUGGCCUUCCAUGUGACCUGCGCCUUCGACCACAGCCUGGAGAUGCGCACCAUCCUGGCGGAGAACGACGAGGUGCGCUUCAAGUCCUACUGCCUGGAGCACAGCAGCGCCCCCCAGGGGACCGGCAGGGCGGAGCCGCCCCAGGGGCAGCCCCAGGAUCCCGCGCCGCCCCCGCCCCCGCCCCCGCCCCUGCUCACCCCCGGCCAGACGGAGCGCGAGAAGGCCAGCCGCCGCAAGCAGAAGCUGCAGGAGAUGGAGGACGGCUUCUUCCUGCUGGUGGAGCCCAAGGACGUGGCGGACGCCAUGUCCCUGCCCGACGCGCACGUGGACUUCCUGUUCCAGUACUGGAAGCUGCGCAGGAAGUCCAACUUCAACCAGCCGCUGGUGGCGCUGAAGCGCGACGAGGUGGACAACCUGGCCCAGCAGGAGCAGGACGUGCUCUACCGCAGGCUGAAGCUGUUCACACACCUGCGCCAGGACCUGGAGAGGGUGCGGAACCUGUGCUACAUGGUGUCGCGGCGGGAGAAGAUGAAGAGCUCGCUCUGCGACCUGCAGGAGAAGAUCUUCCACCUGCAGAUCCAGCUCCUCCAGGAGGACCUCGCAGGAGAGAAAGCCCUGAAGGGGGAUAGAAGCCGGCCGAACGGGGUGAAGGAGCGGAGGAAGAGCAGCCCGGAGAAGAAGGAGCGCUGGAAGUCUGAGAGCGGCUCGCUGCUCAAACAGCUGGGUCUGUCGCGGUCCUUCCCCCUGGACGGCGCUCUGUUCGACGGCUGGCUGGCGCAGUCGGUGCAGAUCACGGCGGAGGACAUGCUGAGCCCCUGGGCGCUGGACGGGAAGCCCCGGCUGCUGUCGGACCAGCUGCUGCAGGGGGAGCAGAGCCUGCUGAGCCUGAUGAUGGACCAGUCCCUGCAGUCCACCUGGAAGACCCCUCACCUGGGCCGCAAGACCCGGCCCAAGCCCCGCCCCCGCGGCCACAAGCCGCCGCCCAACGCCUCCCCCAGCCCCGCCUCCUCCGCCGCCGCCGCCGCGGCGACCGUCGCCCGGGGCAACCGGCCGGCGGAGAGGGGCGGGGCCCGGGCGCGGAGGGCGGAGCGGUGCCGGUCGGCGAAGGCGCAGCGUCACCUCCACCUGCACCACCAGCUCCACCCCCAGGCCCGGCCCAGCGAGGGAGGGGGGCAGGACCCCCCGCAGCCCCCCAUCUCCAAAAUGGACUCCUGCCACAUCUCCCCGCCCGAGCCCAGCUGCCCCCUCACAGUGCCUAAACCCGGGGGCGGGGCUAAAGCGGGGGGCGUGACGCGCUCCACUGUGAGACUCCGCCUCUCGCGGCAGGGGAAGGCGUCCCGCCCGAAGGUCGGAGGUCAGGAGGCGGGCGGGGAGCGGGAGGGGCCGGGGGCGAAGGACAGCUCCUCGCUCUUCGACGGCGAGACGGACGGGUAUUUCUCGGACGCGGAGCAGAGCGACUGCGACGCGCGGGCCCCCGCCGCGCGCCUCGCCCCGCUGCAUGCUGGGAAGGAGGACGUGCUCCGGCGCAGCGUCAUGGCUUCCUAA